GAAUCAUCGGACUUUGUCGGCUUUUCCCGGCGAUCUCGGUCAGUUAGCUAGCCGAGCUGAUUAGCCCGCUACUACAAGCUAAUGUUUGUUGGGUAUUUAUUGUUCUCUGAAUUUGAGUGGAUGAUACAAAGAGUAUAGAAACAUGGCGGACGUCGAGGGACAAGGAAGUUGUUCAUCGGUCCCUCCGUUGCCUUACCCUUCUUCUCGCAACGGCUCCGGUAGCUGUAACGUUACACCGGGCACUGGAGGCAGCUGCCAGACGGCAACUACCGUUACUUCAGGCCCGCGGCUGGUCCGGAUAGUGAAGUCUGACUCGGGCUAUGGGUUCAAUGUCCGGGGACAAGUCAGUGAAGGCGGGCAACUACGAAGCAUUAACGGGGAGCUGUACCCUCCGCUGCAGCAUGUCAGCGCGGUCCUACCGGGAGGCGCCGCCGACAGAGCCGGUAUUUCGAAGGGGGACAGGAUUCUCGAGGUUAAUGGUGUGAAUGUAGAGGGAGCAACCCACAAGCAGGUGGUGGAUCUGAUCCGGGCUGGAGAGAGGGAGCUGGUGCUGGCCGUGCUGUCCGUCCCACCACAGGAGACCGACUGCUUGGAUCCCGGAGACGACAUCUCAGCCCAGUCCUGCUAUGACUACUCCGAAAAGCAGGCCGUCCCCAUUUCUGUGCCGAGCUACAAACACACUGAGCUCAACCAGGAAAAGUUUGUGGCAUAUAAUGUGUACAUGGCAGGAAGGCAGCUGUGCUCCAAGCGUUACCGUGAGUUUGUGAUCCUACACCAAAACCUGAAGAGGGAGUUUGCCAACUUCACGUGCCCCAAGCUGCCUGGGAAAUGGCCUUUUUCCCUGUCAGAGCAGCAGCUGGACGCACGACGCAGAGGCCUUGAAGAAUACCUGGAGAAAGUGUGCUCUGUACGGGUAAUUGGAGAAAGUGACAUCAUGCAGGAGUUCCUGUCUGAAUCCGAUGAGAACUAUAAUGGCGUGUCAGAUGUGGAGUUGAGAAUAGCCAUGCCCGACAAAACCACGCUCACCGUUAGAGUUUGCAAAAACUCUACUACAGAUCAGGUCUACCAGGCUGUGGUAAUGAAACUGGGAAUGGACAGUGUAACAGCCAGCUAUUUUGCUCUAUUUGAGGUCAUCAACCACACCUUUGUGCGUAAGCUUGCCCCCAACGAGUUCCCCCACAAACUGUAUGUACAGAACUAUACCUCAGCCAUCCCAGGAACCUGCCUCACCCUGCGCAAGUGGCUCUUCACUACAGAAGAGGAGAUUCUGCUCAAUGACAACCAGUUUGCUGUCAACUACUUCUUCCACCAGGCUGUAGAUGAUGUGAAGAAAGGCUUCAUCAAAGCAGAGCAGAAGUCCUACCAGCUGCAAAAGCUGGCUGAGCAGAAGAAGCUGUCCAUGUAUAUGAGUCUGUUGAGGGACUGCGAGGGCUACAAUGAGAUCAUAUUCCCACACUGUGCCUGCGACUCCCGACGUAAAGGCCACGUCAUCACAGCCAUCAGCAUUCACCACUUCAAGCUGCACGCUUGCACCGAGGAAGGGACACUCGAGAACCAGGUGAUUGCAUUCGAAUGGGGGGAGAUGCAGAGGUGGGACACAGAUGAAGAGGGCAUGGCCUUCUGCUUUGAAUAUGCACGAGGAGAGAAGAAACCACGCUGGGUCAAGAUAUUUACGCCCUAUUUUAACUACAUGCAUGAGUGCUUCGAGAGAGUCUUCUGUGAGCUAAAGUGGAGGAAAGAGGUGGAAGAGGAGGCUACAGACAAGGACAAUAAGAACUGCAGUAAAGAUGGUAUGUGUGGCAAGAAUAUUUUCCAGCUGCUGAGGCACAGAAAGGAUGGAGGCACCUAGGAAGGGAGAUCGUUACCUCUUAAGCUGAAACCGUCGUCACCGACCCAGCAACACUCAGCUAUUAACUACAUGGUCAUCAUUUACACUCCAUCAGCUACAACCUCAGAAGCUACCCCCGAUACAUGCAAACCAACAAGCACCUGCAAAUGAACAAAUCGAAAAAUCAGAAAACAGAACUCUUGAAUCCAGCGCACCAUAAUCAUGCAUUAAAACAGAGCUCUGUCAACAAGAAAUGAGGUCUCUCUAGACUUUAAGUCAGGGAUUCAUGCAACCCUUCUUCUUAUUGGUAGGGACUUUAAGUGGAAUGUGACUUGUACAUGAGGACGUUUUGGCCCUCUUCUGAAGGAGUCCUACUGGGAAGAGAAGCUGAAUAAGGAAAUAUUGUUGGAUUUACAAGGGAAAGUAAGGCUGUGAGUGCUCGCAAACGGGAACACCGAUAAUACUGAUCAGAGAUGCUGAGGGCUGACCACAGGAAGACACUUGGUUUUCUCCAUUUACGGAUGAGAGCAGCAGUUCUUCUGUGUCUUUUUGGCCAGUUGUUAGCGCGCAAGUGUGUUUGUGUGUGUUAAUUAUGCGUCCCUAAUGAGAAACUGUGAGGCCCUCAGAAGGUAAGUCACAGCUGAAUUACAUCCAUUUUCAUCGGUUUGACGAUCAAUUCGCAUUCAUAAAAGAUAACUAUUAACAUUGUAAUGUGGCAAAAGAGAGACGGGAGAGAGAAAGUGGACAUUUAUUUAUUUUAUUUUUUUCAUUCAGAGUCACAGCUGUGAUUAUUUGACACAUGAGCUGCAACAACGUUAAACUUUAGACUAAUGUUGCACUUUAUCAAACAGUAUUAACAACCUCAGAAUGUGGGAAAUGUAACCUAAGAAGCAGAUAGUGAGCAUAUUACUGGAACUAGCCUGUACUUAGUUUACAUAGAUUUUUGACUGACUACAGUACGAUUAUAUAUACUGCACCAUCAAAUGGCACAUGCAAUGUGCAGCAUCACGCAUUAAACUUGUAUGUAUUUAUAGUAUCAUGUGAAGCCAUUGUAGCGCGGCAGUGAUGAUGUGGAGCACUGAUCAGUGAAGUACAUCAUGUUUAUCGUGUAUUACCCAUAAGAGACAACAGGGGUCCUCCUCCUCCUGCCUGUUCUCCUGCAGGCCCUGAUUGCUUUGGUUCUGAAAGCACCCACGGGAUUUAUCAUCGGCCUGUAAUCCAGAAGACCUUUCCGGUUGCAGCACUAUUUAUCUCUGUAGCCGGUACUGCGCAGUACUGUUGAACCACUUAUGCACUCUGGAGUCAGGUUAAGUGGAACGAGAAGUUCUUUGCAAAAAAAGGGCAGCUUGCACACUUUAUCAACAUGAUAGAUUAUGAAGAUUACUGUGCACAUUCACUAAAGGCUUUGGAGCAACUGAUCCCAGAACGGUGGUGUUUGAUAAACACCGUAAUUCAAGGUCCCUCUAAAUAAACCCAGUUAAUGUUGUCAUUCCUAGAAUAAUGUAAUAUACAUAAUGUAUAACAUUGUCUGAUGAUGCAAUAGUGACUUCAGGCUGACAAAAAUGCAAUUAGAGGUUAUAACAUUAGAAUAUGAUUACAUGCUGCCUUUAAAUCAGAAUCAUUGCUCAGUGUAAUAUUGUACUUCCAUAUUCUUUAUUAUAACCUCAUUUAGAACAUUUUAAAAGUUCAUUUUUUAUCCAAAAGAUACUAUACAUUCAGUUGCUUUGAGCUUUUACAAAAUGAGCCCUCCUAGUAGUGCCGUGUGAUCAUUGUUUAUUAUCACAGAAAUAUGAACAUUCCAAAAUCAAUAUACUGUAUGUCAUAAUGUGGCUUAUUUAUGCAAAAUGAGUAGAGAGAUAAGCAAACUGAUGCUCAAAGCAAAGACCUGUGUUGAAGGAAACUUCAAGUGUGCAAAACAAAAUUAUCACCAAUUAAUUUUCUUACUUAAUUAAGUCAUGUGAUCGGUGUAUGAUGCCAGUGAAUGUUUGUAAAUGCUACUAUUCAAUUUCCUCCCAUCCUUAAAUCCUGCUUGGCUCGUAGUAAGAAUAUCAACAGUAUUGUUUUGUUAAGGAAAGAGUCAUAGAUUGGAGAUCAGCGACUCUUGCUAAGGUGCUUGUUUUAAUGAUGGUGCAGUUCACAAACGCCCUUUUGUGUGAUUAAUGAGCUUCAACAGACCUUGGUGGGUGUGUACGUAGGUUUAAGUGAAUGUGUUGAGCCUUGAGUUGAGAGAAUUGCCAUCCUAAAGGCUGAAUGCAUUUCCCAGGAUCCUUGUCUGUUUUAUUGGGCCGUGUUUUACACGGUCGGUUGUCUGAUCUCACCUUCAAGUGUUUGCUCACAACUCUCUCUUUCUCUCUCUCUCUCUCAUCCUGACUAAAGUGAAGUGUCACUCAUUUUAUUUAUUUCAGAUACUAUGUUAAAUUCAGCAUCUCUUAAAGUUUUUCGAAAAGUCACGCUAAGAAGAGGAUGGAGAUUGACAACCUGCAGAUUCUUUGACAUGUUGAAAUGUAAAAUUCAAGACAAAGUGUUUGGUUACGUCGCUUACUGUAAUAAAUUGUAACAUAUUCUUUUAAAUAAACCAAUUUAUUGAUGC